AUGGUGGAUAUUCUACCCCAUCCUUCUUUCUUGGGUGAUAUGGGGGAUCAUUCAAAAAGUAAGUGCUGGAUAAAUAACAUACAUGAUCAGUACAUCCUGCGAGUGUCCCCGGACCUGGAGUGGCACGCAGCCUGUCUGAAGUGCGCAGAAUGCAGUCAGUACCUGGACGAGACGUGCACUUGCUUCGUCCGAGACGGCAAGACGUAUUGCAAGAGAGAUUACGUACGGUUAUUCGGGAUCAAAUGCGCCAAAUGUAACAUCGGUUUCUGCAGCAGUGACCUGGUGAUGAGGGCCCGGGAUAACGUCUAUCACAUGGAGUGUUUCAGAUGCUCGGUGUGCAGCAGGCAUCUGCUCCCGGGAGAUGAGUUCUCUCUGCGGGACGAGGAGCUGCUCUGCCGGGCGGACCACGGGCUGCUGAUGGAGCGCACUUCCGCCGGGAGCCCCAUCAGUCCCGGAAACAUUCACUCCAACAGGCCCCUGCACAUCCCAGGUAAACCUGUGCCAGUUCGACAGCCACCUCACCGGAACCACGUUCAUAAGCAGUCUGAGAAGACCACGCGCGUGCGGACAGUAUUAAACGAAAAGCAGCUUCACACUCUCCGGACGUGUUAUAACGCAAACCCGCGACCGGACGCGCUAAUGAAAGAGCAGCUCGUGGAAAUGACCGGCCUGAGCCCACGCGUCAUACGAGUGUGGUUUCAAAACAAACGCUGCAAAGACAAGAAGAGGUCCAUUCUUAUGAAACAACUACAGCAACAGCAACACAGCGACAAAACGAAUCUUCAGGGUCUCACGGGAACGCCUCUGGUGGCAGGCAGCCCGAUUAGACAUGACACCACAGUCCAGGGAAAUCCUGUAGAGGUUCAAACCUAUCAGCCUCCGUGGAAAGCCUUAAGCGAAUUUGCCUUACAGAGUGACCUGGACCAGCCUGCUUUCCAACAGCUGGUGUCAUUUUCCGAGUCGGGUUCGCUGGGUAACUCGUCUGGUAGUGAUGUGACCUCUCUGUCAUCGCAGUUACCCGACACCCCCAACAGCAUGGUGCCCAGUCCCGUGGAGACGUGAGAGCCCACCGGAGGACUCCUGCCCCAGCAUGCCCUCACCCGCCCUGCAUGAAAACCCAUCACCUCACCGCCUCAAUCGGAAAAGGGAUUAACCGAGAUGGAUUUAAACAGUUUGCCAAACGGAGGAGCCUGUCCAAGCGACUUUGGGGUUUCCAGACGUGUUACAAAACUGUUUUUAAAGCAUUUGGACCGUAUAUCGAGGACGUCCUGCGGAAUAUGAACACAUUAUUUUGGUUUUGAUUAUGGACCACUGUCAUCCUUACGAAACAACAGUCUUAACGGUGUUUAUUCAAGACCAUCAUUGUAUAGCUUUAUCAACAAGUGGUAUUUUAAUUAUAAGACAAAAAUCAUUUUUUGUCUUAAUGCGCAUGAUCUCUCCGAAGAUGUAUAAAAACUGAGCUGUAAAAUAUUUUAUCGUAAAGAAUGGAGGAAAGAUUGUAUAAACUUCGCGAAUUAAAAAAGUAAGUUAUUGUUAUUUAUUGUCAGGACAACCGUCCAUACCAAAAACUGAGAAAUUACCUAAAUAAACGACGUUAAAUGCUGUUUAUGUCUGAGGAAGCCUGCAUGCAAAGACAACCAUAUCAUGUUACCUUUACAUAUCUUUUUAUAUUAUAACAAGAGACACUUCAGUUACAAAGGAUGGUUACUGGACUGGAAAUAACUGUCCAAAGAUCUAAGAAAAAGAGCAACGUGAACAGAAUUAAAUAAUGAAACAAAUAUCAGUGUCGUGAUAUCUGAAUUUAUUCUGACAAGAAUUUGGAAAUUGUAUUUUGUAUUAUGCUUUUUCAUCCAGUUAUACAGACGGGCAUUAUUAGGCCACUUUUUUUGACAAUAGUUAGGUUAAACUAUUCCUUUUUGAGAUUCUAGAUAUAGAGACGAAAAUUUUGGACUGUAAUACUGAAUAUAAAGAACAGAAUUAUGAAUUUGUUCUUUGAUUUGGGAAUACGCUUCUAAUUCUCCCCUGUCGAAUUAUAUAUGGACCCUUUGAGACUAUUGAGCACCAAAAUGGCGUUUUUUAAAAGAGACAGUUUUCGUAAAAGUGAUAGGCCUAUUUAUAACACAGCUGACAAAUAACUAAUAAAGCCACACUCACAUAUCGAGGCCAUAACUUGAUCACAGAUCCCUAAUCUGUCACAUUCAACUCUGAUCGGAGGCUACGAAUAAAUAUAUCGCCUACAUCUAUCUUUCUAAAAAUCGUGUCAAGCGAAUACCGAAUGAGUAACUGAACCCCUCCCGUAGCAGUGAUCAAUCUCGUGUUGCUCGUAAAGCUGUGAGUCUAGACGGAGGACAGGGAUCGGCAUCACCUGCAAAAGAUCCACUGAAUGGAAGCACAACAAACCCGAAGCCACUUUUCUCUUAACGGGACUCCCUUUCGGCAAACGCACCCUUGCAUGUCCAGGGUUUAUUUUCCUUCUGAGGCAGCAGAUAGCCGCUGGACACCAGAAGAUCAGACCAAAAUCACUGCGGGCCAUUGUGGCAAGAUAAUCCCGGUGUGUCAGAUAACGAAACUCUCUGAAGGACAGGCAGUUGUAAGACAGCGCUGUAGCCUAUUCAUUUCUGUUGCUUCAGUUAUUUUUCUGCAUUUAGGCUAAUUCAGGCAUUCAAACGUUGGUUUGUUUAUAAUUAUAAUCUAGUUCUUGUUUUUAAUAAAUGUUUGACUUAUAAGAGCCUGGGCUUUUAGUCCAUGUAUAUUGAGAAACUGUUAAACUUUUAGCAAAUAAGUGGAUUCAGCAAAUAUGUGGAUUUAAUGUGUACUCUAUUUCUUCCUGAAAAGAGAACAACAUUAUUGAUGACUCAUCCCGCACUACUGAUUUUUGUCCAAUCAAAUGGUCUCUAAAAUGACAACGCCCCUCCCUCCAUCAACACCUGAAAAUGACUAGAAUGUGAAAUCAUUCAGAUGGGCUAUGCCUAUACUUCUCCAUAUAUUAUGCAAAAAGCAGUAUGCUAUUAACAGUGACAACCUUUUAAUGUCCGCUCUUUUUUCAACUGUUAGUGUUAUAGGCCUAUACACCAAGAAAGAUUGGUUACAUAUGUAGUUAAAUAACACCCGGUGUUAAGAAUUUUCACAGGACAUUGCUAACAUGACGUGUGUAGUACGUCAUUAUGUCCAUAAACACACACCUAUAACGUUCUUUAUUAAUAAGUUAAUCUUUAGUAUCUGAAAAAAGGGAAUUCCGACAGAUGUUUUGGCGUUUCCAUGUCCCUCUCAAGCUGCCUCUUUCAAUAGGAAACAGGUAAACUGCGAUAGUUACGCGAUAUUAAGGGGUCUUUAGGAAAUACACCUUAAAAUCUGAAAUCUUGAAUUGAGGUGUUGUCACAGAGUUCUUUUUUCAAAAUCUAACAGCAAAAUCGUACAGCGAUUAAAUACUUAA